AUGGACAAUUCAACAACUACUUCACCGAGGGGUUUGCUCAUCGUGCUAGAAGGCCUUGACCGUUCCGGCAAGUCGAGUCAAUGCGAGCUGCUUGUCGAAGCUCUGCAAGCAAAGGGCCACAAAGUGCGGCAUGUCAAAUUCCCUGACAGGACUACGCCUACAGGGCAAAUGAUCAACAGCUACUUGACACGCCAGGCUCGGCAAGAUGAUCACUCGAUCCAUUUGCUGUUCUCGGCCAAUCGCUGGGAAGCCGUCCACAGUAUCCAAGAGGAUCUCUUGAAUGGGGUCACCGUCAUCGUCGACCGCUAUUCAUUCUCUGGGGCGGUGUACUCGGCGGCCAAAGAAAAUCCAGAUCUAUCGCUCGACUGGGCUUGGGCUCCGGAAAUAGGCCUUCUAAAGCCUGAUAUCCUGUUCUUUCUGGAUAUUUCUUCUGCAGCGGUGGCCAAACGUGGCGGCUACGGUGCUGAGCGAUAUGAAACGGAGAAGAUGCAAGCGCGCGUCCGGACCUUGUACAAGGAGCUAUUUGCGAGACUGGACGACGUCCCUGUCUCUGUGGUGGACGCAGGACGGUCGAUAAGUGAAGUUGCGGCCGAUAUCCUCUCUGAAACCCUUCAGUUGCUACCAAACGAUGCCAGGCCGAGACAAUUGCGCAAGCUGGGACCCUUGCUGAAACAGAUCUAA